UAUGUGCGUGUGUGUGGUGUUUUAACCUUUUAAUCCCUUUGUCAAACUUCUCCCUGGGCUUGUUGUCGGCUUGCGAUGAUAUUAAUUCGCUCCGGUUUACCAGUGCCACUGCGGUUAAACGCCUGAAAGCGGUAACGUAGCCUUGAACGGCCGGGAGGCACUUCUCUCCGAAAAGGUCUAUGGCAACGGCGGAGGAAUGCGAUCCCAUACAUCCUCAUUGCCUGAACUGCGUGAACGUUGCCAAAUGUUCGGCGCGCCUGGAGAAAAGGACGAGCUGCCAGAUCGUGCACUGCAAGCUUGAAUGCGGCGCCAGCUUCCACGCGUGCAAAUGCCAGGAGCAUCAGCUGCUCUGUCCCAAUGUCAAGGUGCCAUGUGCCAACGCUGUCAACGGCUGCCCAGUGUGGCUACUCCGAAGCCAGCUGGGUACCCAUCUGCAGCACUGCCCUGCGAGCCUUGUGUACUGCACAGCCGAAUGGAACAGGUGGGGUUGGCUUCGCAAUGCAACUGGCGAUCGGCAGUGCGUCGAUCGGUCGGGAAAGCUCCAGCUGGACUAUGCCUUGGCCAUGCGAGACCUGCGGUCCCUGAGGGACGGCAGCCACCGUGGGAAGCUAAACAAAGAGGGCAGCAAGGAUGAUGCAAUGCCAGUGGCUGCAGCACCUAGGGGCCUUGGGACCCCUGGCAACGCCUGGUGCUUGUACAACGGUGGCAACUGCACCAACAGCAGCGACGGUGUAGAUAGUCAUGCCACGGGUAGGUUGAACGGGUAUGUGAACCACGUGUGCGAGACAUCCUGCGUCAAGGCCAGGGAGGAGGAGAAGACAAAUCGCGGGGACGUGGACUUCAGGCUCAUGCGAGCAGCCGGUGCGUGCUUUGCGGCAAAGCACGGUGUUGGCCUGAAUGUUGAGCUGUGCGUCGAGUUCCUGACACGGUACCAGCUGAAGCCGGACAAGGUCUACACAUUUUCUUGCUGCCAGGUCUUUCGUCGCGAUGAAUAUGCCUGGCAUUAUCAGAAUGUCCACAGGGACAUACACUGUGGCCUCAACGGCUGGCUUGAGCACAGAUGUCCGUUGGCCCAAUAUGGCUGCAGCUUCUCAAGGCGAAUGUUUCAUCCUUCACCGUCCGGAUCUCAACUCGUCUACAGUGAGGUACUGGAGAGCUUUGGACUUGCUUUUCCAUCAGCGGUGAAGGAAGCAAAGCAAAGUGGAGAGGGUGAUGCAGACAAAGGGUGCUCCAACAAUCCAAGCGGCACAUCAGCCACUAACAGUAAAGUGCCGGAGAACUGUGGACUUACCUUCCCAUCAGCAGUGGAGGAAUCUAAGCCGAAUGUAAAGGCCGAUGCAGAUAAAGGGGCACAAUCUUGCCUACCCAACGGGCACUCUCAUACCAACGGCACUUGCGGUGAAUCUGGUGAUGGCGUGACAUCGAGUGCCCUAGCAUUCUUGGACUCCCCUCCUCUUGAUGGGGAAUCUGGUGAUGCCGCAUCAUCCAGUGGCCAAGCAUUCUUAGACUUCCCUUUUGAAGUUCUGCAGCACAUAGCUGGCUUUCUGGAUGCUUUCAGCCUAAAUAACUUCUCUCUCGUCUCUAAGCGUCUAAGGGACGUCUCGUGUUCGCUCCUGAAGAGCCGCGGAAUGGUUGUCCUGAGAUGGGAAAGGCAUGGAAAACUUACCUGGAGAGUCCAUUCAAAGAGCUGGUACUUCAGCAAUGGAUUCAGUCCAAUCAGAAAGUGGGUGUUCUCGGAUGAAGAGCACAUGUCCAGUCACCUGAAGCAAUGCAAGUACUUUGACCGCAACAUCAAGACGAUGCCUACGGCUGUAUGCUUCGGCAUCGGAAACUCUCGAGGCCCCAAGACGCUAGUUCACUUGGCUAUGAAAGCUCCACCGACUUGAGCAGUGCCAGUUCUGUCUUUGCAAAUCAUUGUGCACAACAUUGAUGGCAGUGUUAUGAAGGCGUGUGAAAAAUAUUACUUGGGGAAAAGUAUUGUUGGGACUUCAUGGUCCGCUACGUUGAAUGUGAUCAGUAGUUCCUGAUGUCGGGCAGUGUUGCAUUUAUUUUUGGAAUCUAGGAUUGUGCUCUGUGGAUUUGUAGAGUAAUGGGGGCCUGUUGUCUUGUUUAUUUUACUGGGAGGAGGAACUUGAAAAACGGCCUCGAUCAUCAGUGAAAUAAAGCUCAGCAGUAAAGUUCUGGAA